AUGAUCGAGCACUUCCUCGAAGAGGUGGAGAGCGAGCACAGCGAGCCCAACAGCGAGCCCAGCGAGCUAAAGGGUGAGAAGAGUAGUGCUUUGCAAUCCUUCUUGCGAAGGCAUGGCUUCAUGAGUAUCUACAGUGCUCGCCAGGCGAACUGUCAGGUCGUUCGAAUGGAUGCUCGGCCGAUGCGCGGCACGGGCAAAGGCAACGUCUCCAGGUCAUGCCCUUUCUUUUUCUUCCAAUCACCUCACCAUUGCCAGCAGUGCGAGGAACGAAUUUAUCCCAUUCACGUUGCAGCACAGCUUGGCGACCUUAAGAUUGUCAAGAUGCUGUUGGAAGAUGGGGCAGAUCCACUUCAGGAGUGCUUCGAUGGUCGCAAUGCCGUGGACUUUGCCCGUAACGCUGACGUGAAUGGCUCCCAUCAAGAGGUCAUGGAGCAUUGUGAAUGGCAGGGCUCCCUAUCUCAAGUGAUGCGGGAAUUGUUCCUUCGACGGCAGUGGUUUUGCAGUCUUGCGCAUUUCAAGACGAGGACUGGCAAUCUGCUGCGUGCUUACAAGUUGGAAAGACAUUUGCAGUGUUGGUGCAACCUUCGGGAGACGCCUGCAGCCGGCCACAUUGCCGAUCCUAAUGGCUGUGAGGGCUGGGCAGUGGGUGACCCUGUGGCGGUGGUGCCCAAUUGCCCCUGCCUCUCUUCCAGAAUGUCGAUGCAAGGCAAGCAGCACCUUUGUGAAGAGGGCACCUUCAUGGGAGCAGGCGGCACCAGAGGAUGUUUUGCAGACUUCGUUUGUGUCAGCAGCUUGCAGCUUGUGCGGCUACCUGCCAGCAUUCCGAUGGAGCUGGCUAUGAUGACCGAGCCUUUGUCUGUGGCCCUUCACACGCUGAAGCUGGCCGAGAAAUCCAUCCUGUCGAUCUUGGAUGGUGACGUGGCCAUCUUGGGGGCUGGCGCCAUUGGUUUAUGCCAUCUCCUGCUGCUAAAGCACGUAGGCGCCAAGAAUGUCCACAUCAUCGAUCCAUUGGAAGAUCGCCGCACCAUGUCCUUGCGCCUGGGCGCCCGCAGUGCACACUGUACUCAGCUGGCCACCGCUGAGUUGCGGCAGCUGGUGGGCCGAAAGGGGUGUGAACUGGUGCUGGAUUGCGCGGGCACAGAGCAGAGCUUCAAGACAGCCUUGCAGGUGGCAGGUUUGGCAGCACAAGUCGUCCUCGUGGGCAUCCCUGAGGUGGACUUUUUGCAAUACAACCCUCAUGUGGCGAGGACCAAGGAGUUUCUCGGUUGGAAGACAAAUGAUGAACUGGACGGAGCUCCUAAGUGUUUGGAGCCACAACUCCAGACCGGACAUGAACUUCCUCAGCUUUUGGAGCCCUCUGAGUUGUGUCUGCAGGAGCUUGACACCUUGUCCUUCCAAAGCAUCGGCCUCAUUGCUGGGACUCCACACAGCGUGGCUUAUUUGCAGCACCUGCUGGAGGAGAAGAUGAUAGUGAAGCUGGUGGCACUCGACUUGGACAUUUGGGACGUGACAUCAGAGGUUCAGGAGCUGUGCCGUUGCUUGGCCAAACUGGUCUCGCACCGAGUGCGCUUGACCUUCCAUAAAAAUUAG